AUGAGCGGUCUAGAAAUAGCAGGUGUCGUUCUUGGCGCCUUUCCACUGCUCGUGAGCGGUAUUGAACAUUGGCGUGAUGUUGCCAAAGUUGGCGGCUUCUUCUGGCGGAUCCGGAAGGAAUACACCAAAUGCCAGCAUAACAUUCAGUUUCACGAAAUUCUAUACAAGAAGAACCUGAGGGAGCUUUUGUUGCCACUUAUCCCGGAUGCAGACGAAGUUGCGCAGCUCAUUGCAGAUCCGGGUGGCCAAAGAUGGGGUGACCUGGCGUUGCAGGAACGACUAGAGGGCAGAUUGCACGAGUCGUAUCAACUAUACCAGGACACUAUUACUGAGAUGAACGAGAUCGCACAAGAGCUGAAAAAAGAGUUGUGUUUCGAUAAAGACAAUGUGCAAGACAAACUCUUGCCACCUGGAACGAAACGGCAAAACUCCAGUCGAUCGCCAAGUCUUCAGCCACUUGCGAGGCCUUCAAAGCUGUCUGUUGCCAAGGGCAGAUUGGAUUAUGAGAUGUUUCGAACAAAGUUUAGCAUCGGGGAAAGGGUCAGGCAUGAGCUACUCGGCCAACUCAAAGAAUGCAAUGAGCGCCUGGAAAAGCUCUUGAGCUCUAGCGACAGAGUCUCAGCUCUUGAGAGUGCCACACCUGGGCAUACUAAGCAGACUGAUACGCUAGUAUCAAUAUUCAAAAAAGCUUCGAAGAGAUCGAAUUUGCUGUUUAAGGCGUUGCAGAACGCCUGGCAGUGCUCGUGUCAGCAGUACCACUUCGCGAACUUACGACUAGAGCAUCGAACACUCACCGAAGUGUGUUUUGAGAUCAUCCUUGUGUUUUCUGCUCUCCCAGCGCAUGUCAAGAGGCCAUGGUCCUGGAAAGAGUUUCGUUGCGGCCAUAUGCUGGGUUGCUCCUUUCCUCAGAACACGGUGAAAGCCAUCACAUCCUCGCCGCUAGCCACUCAUUGCCAAUCAGCGACCCUGCCCACACCGGCUUCUAUUCAAUCAACCGCAAUUUCGAGACCAAAGGCAAUGGAUUUCGCACCAUAUGCACCCACCUUACCGAGGAUCGAGGUAGAUAUGUUCACCGACCAUAACAUCCAAUUGUGUCAGCUAUUGGGUAAUGAAGAUUGCGGAAAUUGCAUGGGUAUUAUCAGUCAUGACGAUGAGAUCUACCAUCUCCACCCGAUCAUUCGAAGAAGGCAGAAUGUCAAAAGCGUCCCUAUCACGCUUGACCAUAUCCUCUCACAAGAUUUCGAAGGUUACUUGUCGCGGCGUCAACGCUACUCAAUUGCGCUUCUUGUUGCUUCAUCGGUUGGACAACUCCAAUUCACGCCUUGGUUACGAACUAGUCUCUGCAAGGAGGAUAUCAUUUUCUUCCCCUCAGACGACAACAACCUCAUCAUUCCGUAUGGCGAGCCUUUCAUCCGACAGGGCUUCCUCCCAGACGACCACACUCAUCUCUCCUUCACUGAAUUCUCCACCAACGACUGCAACUUUUAUUCUCUCGGCAUAAUCCUUCUCGAACUCUGCUUUAGUUGCCGGUUGGAAGACCAUCCUCUUCGCAAGAAGCACCCCCCAACCACAGAUGUCGAAUCCAAACACGCCUUCGACGUAGUAGCUGCGUUGAAGUGGUCCGGCAAUGUGAGCGGCGAAGGCGGAGAUGAUUAUGCAGCAGCUGUCAAGUGGUGCUUCACGGGUGCAACUGAUGGAGGGAAAAACUGGAGAGGCGAAAUUGUCAGGAACGUAGUGCGGCCGUUGGAGAUAUGCAUGGAGCAUUUCCGCAUUGCGGUUGUCGUUGAAUGA